AUGGUUGCUUUAAUAUCCUUUGUUGUUGCUGCUCUUGCAGGCACCGCCCUUGCUCGCCCGGGCUACAAGUUCCCAGAACUCGAGGUUAGAGGAACAGGGGGUCACCAUCAUCAUCCGCCUCCAAUGACCACCGGAAACCCCCCUGAGCCUACUACCCCCAAUCCUCCCGGCCCUGGGACUCAGACCAUCACUACUACCCAAACCGAUACCAUCACUCUUACCACCUUCGUCCCUCACUCCACUGCAGUUGCAACUAUUCCAGGCCACACCUGGUACAGCACCUGGCUAGAGGCCUCUACCUACACUACAACCACUUGCUAUCCAGUAACCGAAACUCCGCAAGUCCCAGAGCCUACCCCAACACAGCCACCAGAAACCUGCCAUGGCAAUGACUGCGAAGGCGAAGGCAACGGCCACGGCAGCGAGUACACAUGCCCACCACCAGCCACUGUCACUGUCACCGUUACUGAGUGCCGAGGAGACGGCUGUGAACAGCCACCAGUCACUCCUCCGCCAGCAGGCCCUACUCACUGCCCUAGCUGCCAGACUUAUACUAUUACCGAUAUCCACGAAGGAACAAAUACCAUUGUCGUCCCUCCCCAGACCAUUCUCCCACCACCCGGCCAGUGCGAUAGAUGUCAGACCUAUACCAUCACCGAUAUCCAUGAGGGAACUAAGACCAUCACCAUCCCCCCUGAAACAACUAUUUCCACGGUGACUCCACCAACCUCUAACCCCCAGCCAACGGGCACCGGUACCGGUACCGGACCCCAGCCAUCUGAGCCAGGCACCACCUACACUCUUCCAACCCUAACCCCUCAACAGCCUAGCGGAACCGGUUCUCCCCAGCGCCGAUGGUGGAUCUAG